UUAAGACUUGGGAUUCAGAGUCAGGGCUUUUAGGGGAAAAUGAAACCAUUAACUGGGAUGGCUCUCCAGAGAGUGGCUCUGUAUAAAUCUCCAAAAGGUGACACUGAGUGAAAAUGAGCCUGGAGAAGUCCUAGAAAACAGAAAACAACAGGAACACAUCUUAUUCAGAAAGACCCCCUUUCAACUUGACCAUGAGUCAAACAAGGAAGAAAACUUCCUCAAGUGAAGAAACCAAACCCCACACUUCAUUUGUCAACAAAUUUCUCAGGGGCUCAAAACUCAGGUCCUCCAAAGCUGAAAGCAGGAAAGAGAGCAAUGACCUUAAAACAACUGAUUUCCAACCCAGUGAUGAGACACAGAAGACUCCCGCCUUAGACACCGCUAAGCCUCUCACUUCAGAAAUGGAAUUGGGACCCAGGUUGGAGAAAAACGAGCAGUUCCUGCAGAAGCUGGGCAAAAAGGCUGUCGACAAGUGUCUAGAUCUGAACAACUGCAGAUUAUCAAGAGCAGAUGUGCGGGAAAUGGUUGCUUUGCUGCCUUCUCUCCCAGACUUGGAAAAACUGGAUAUUUCCUGGAAUGAUUUCGUAGGUGGAACCCUCCAGUCAAUCACCGAGCAAAUACAUCUUGUCUGCAAGUUAAAAAGCCUGAGGCUAGGUAGUUGCAGACUUACCACGGAUGAUGUUCGAGCACUGGGAGAAGCACUUAAAGCGAUACCUGAACUUGAAGAGCUGAAUUUGUCCUGGAACAGUAAAGUGGGAGGAAACUUGCCUCUGAUCCUCCAGAAUUUCCAAGAAGGGAGCAAGAUACAAACGCUGGAACUUGUGGAUUGUGCCCUCACAUCAGAAGAUGGGGUGUUUGUGGGUCAGUUGUUACCUAUGCUGCAAAGUCUUGAAGUACUUGAUCUUUCCAUUAACAGAAACAUCGGUGGCAGUCUAAACAGUAUUGCUCAGGGAUUAAAAAGUACCUCAAAUCUGAAAGUAUUGAAGUUACAUUCAUGUGGAUUAUCACAAAAGAGUGUCAAAGUAUUGGAUGCUGCUUUUAAAUACUUGGGUGAGCUGAGGAACCUCGACCUUUCCUGCAACAAGGAGCUAGGUGGAGGUUUUGAAGACUCACCAGCACAGUUGGCCACGUUGGAGCAUCUGGAAGUCCUGGAUCUUCACCGGUGCUCACUAACGGCGGGCGAUGUGAUGUCACUGACCCAGGUUAUCCCUUUACUCUCGAAUCUUCAAGAAUUGGAUUUGUCCACCAACAAAAACAUGGGCAGCUCUUCUGAAAACCUACUCAGCAGGCUCCGAUUUUUACCAGCAUUGAAGUCAUUACUAAUCAACAACUGUGCUUUGGAAAGGGAGACUUUUACUGCCCUCGCUGAAGCUUCCAUUCACCUCCCUGCUCUGGAAGUAUUCAACCUUUCUUGGAAUAAAUGUGUUGGUGGCAACCUGGAGCUGCUUCUGGAAACACUCAAACUUUCAAUGUCCCUUCAAGUGCUGAGGCUGAGUAGCUGUUCCCUGGUGACAGAGGAUGUGGCUCUCCUGGCAUUGGUAAUACAGACCGGUCAUUUGGCCAGGCUGCGGAAGCUGGACCUGAGCUAUAAUGACAGCAUCUGUGAUGCAGGAUGGGCCCUCAUCUGCCAAAACCUGGGGCUCCUCAAGGAGUUAACCGAGCUGGAUAUUAGCCUUCGGCCAUCAACUUCUCGGGACUGUGGACAAUGGUUUAAACACUUGCUUUGUGCCGUGGCCAAACUCCCUCAGAUCACUGAAAUAGGAAUGAAAAGAUGGAUCGUCCCAGCUCCACUGGAGGAAGAACUAGAAUGCUUUGACCAAGAUCACAGAAGCAACAUUCGCUUUAACCACGAUGGCUUUGAUUAUGCAAGAUGUCAACACUAAAGAGUACAUGGACCUCUCUGUACAUUUCCUUGGAACUUCCCGUGAAUAUGUAAUUAUAUCGAAAUUAAAAGUUUUUAAAGCAGACAGAAUAGGAUGAAGAAUCUCCACGUACCUAUCAUCUGCUUCCACAGUUAUUAACUUACGGCCAGGCUUGUUUCAUUUUGAUCCCCCACACGGACUUCUCCCUGAUUUAUUCUGAAGCAAUUCCCAGGCAUCAUAUCUUUUUCUCCACAAAUGUUUCAGUAAAAGAAUCUUUAUUUUUAUACAUAACCAUAAUUCUAUGAAUAAUUUUAGUGUGGUAGGCAUCUAACUCCUGUGCAUUUUGCCUUCUUAAUCCA